CCCCGCCGCGACGGGGGACUGGCGCGGCGGAGGGGACGUUGGGACCCGGAGGAAGGCCGGGCGGAAGUGCGCCUUGGGCCGCCUUGGUUACCGCGUUCUCCGCCUCUCGCUACGUCAUCGCUCUGAGCCCGCUAUCGGCGGCCAGCGCGGGCGCCGCCCGAGACCGGGGGGGUCUGGUUGCCGCCCCCCUCAGGAGCCACCAUGUUGGUGAUACCCCCCGGACUGAGCGAGGAGGAGGAGGCUCUGCAGAAGAAAUUCAACAAACUCAAGAAAAAGAAAAAGGCGUUGCUGGCUCUGAAGAAGCAAAGCAGCAGCAGCACAGCCAGCCAAGGUGGUGUCAAACGCUCACUGUCAGAGCAGCCUGUGGUGGACACAGCCACAGCAACAGAGCAGGCAAAACAGCUGGUGAAGUCAGGAGCCAUCAGUGCCAUCAAGGCUGAGACCAAGAACUCAGGCUUCAAACGUUCUCGAACCCUAGAGGGGAAGUUAAAGGACCCGGAGAAGGGACCAGUCCCCACUUUCCAGCCGUUCCAGAGGAGCAUAUCUGCUGAUGAUGACCUACAGGAGUCGUCCAGACGUCCCCAGAGGAAAUCUCUGUAUGAGAGCUUUGUGUCUUCCAGCGAUCGGCUUCGAGAACUGGGACCAGAUGCAGAAGAGACAGAGGGCACCGGGGCUGGUGAUGGCCCCCCUCGAACCUUUGACUGGGGCUACGAAGAACGUGGUGGUGCCCGCUCCUCAACCUCCCCUCCCCGAAGCCGCAGCCGGGACCGCAGCCAUGAGAGGAACCGGGACAGGGACCGAGAUCGGGAGCGGGAUCGAGACCGGGACCGAGAUCGGGAACGGGACAGGGAUCGGGAUCGAGACCGGGAGCGGGACAGGGAUCGAGACCGAGAGCGGGAUCGAGACCGAGAGAGAGACCGAGAGGGCCCUUUCCGCAGGUCGGACUCGUUCCCUGAACGCCGGGCCCCUCGGAAGGGGAACACUCUCUAUGUGUACGGGGAAGACAUGACACCCACCCUCCUCCGUGGGGCCUUCUCUCCCUUUGGAAACAUCAUUGAUCUCUCCAUGGACCCACCCAGAAACUGUGCCUUCGUCACCUAUGAAAAGAUGGAGUCAGCAGAUCAGGCUGUUGCUGAGCUCAACGGGACCCAGGUGGAGUCCGUACAGCUCAAAGUCAACAUAGCCCGCAAACAGCCCAUGCUGGAUGCUGCUACUGGCAAAUCUGUCUGGGGCUCCCUCGCUGUCCAGAACAGCCCUAAGGGUUGCCACCGGGACAAGAGGACCCAGAUUGUCUACAGUGAUGACAUCUACAAGGAAAACCUUGUGGAUGGCUUCUAGGGAAUGGAGCUGGAUUCCUUGUGCCUCACAUGCCCCCAAUGCUGGUCUCAGUAAAACACUGAGGUGGAAGCU